UGAAUAUAAGACACGGCCAGUACAAGAUCAUAGCAGGAUUAAGGGAUUAGCAGGGACCCUGGAGUCAUGAUUUGGCUUGGCCCAUUCACCAACCCUAAUGUGAAGUGGUCCCCCAAACCAGCAAAGUGCUUAGAGCCCUGUAGGAACUUAUCCCUUCUCCGUACAUGGAUCAGAGGCUGGUAAGUAUGUACCGGUAUAUAUAUUUCUGCUGUAUGUGCUAGGCCUAUCCCAAACACUGGCUGCCUUAUCUUGGGGUAGCAUGUAACUAAUUUCUUCCUGGUGAUAUUUUUAUUCUCAUACAGACAUCCGGAGUUUAAAUUGUAUUCAACACAUUUUCUAAACAACGUGUUGAAUAGAUUCCUCUGCCAGAGUAAUAUUCUGCAAGCAGAAGGUUCCAUGCUCACACCUUCCAAUCGAUAUGGGGAGCUAUAUACAGCACAGGAAUCUCUGAGUGGGGAAACCUGCACCUAUCCACACCAUUACUAUGUCUUUAAAUGUUUUCCUGAUUAAAAUAUGCACUUUACACACCAUAACCACUACAGCCUGCUGUGUCAGAUGGCACAUUCAGUCAAUAAUUGUCAUCUAAAUUCGGAUCCAACUGAUAUCUGCCCACACGUGUAAUUUCCACAACAGCAAUGUGUUGAGUGAUGGGUCAGGCCUAAGGGUGCCCAGUGAAACCUCAGCUCGAAAAUGGUUUGACAAAAAUAGCAGGAGAUGGUGUCAGGGGCCUGCUGGUGAUGAGUCUGGUUGAGUGCCAUGGCCCUCUUGGGACGCUUUACAUUAUCUGGCUGAAGAGAUAGCAGAAGCAUCGCCAUCAUUAGCACUUUGAAUGUCUAGAUAUUUUUUUUCAGUAUAAAUGAGGCGUUUGAGCUGCGUUUAUUGUAGACUUUACCUGGGUGUCCGUAGAAGCCAAACACCAGUGAACAUCAGGAAAAUGGAGGGCGUGUGCAGAUAUAGACAACACCUUCUCUUUCUCAUAAAAAAAUAUAUGAAACCUACCUACCCCAUUCCUUUAUUAAUAACAACAACCAAGAAGUGUGUGAGUUGGGUGGAGAGGGGGGAAAGCAUGACUAACUGAAAAAAAAUUGAAAAAUAAGCUCAGCGCACAGUUUAACUUUUUAUUACCCCCUUGAUGGCAGGUUAGGCCUUGAUUUACUUUUGUUCGAUAAGCUUUUCACCUGAAUUAAAGGGACACUAUAGGCACCCAGACCACUUCAUCUCAUUGACUGACCGGUCUGUUUAAUCCUGCAAUGUAAACGUUGCACUUUAAGAAAAACUACAAUGAUUACAUUGCUGGUUUAAGUGGCUAUAUUCCCUAAUGGAGUCUUACUCCGUGACACAACGUUGGACCUCCUCACGCUAUGUAUGAUGAAAUCUAAUGUCUUCAAAUUCCCUACAAAAAAGCAUGAUUGGGGAGGCAUUACGGCACACGUGAUGCAAGCGGCAUAUGUACAUUAGGUUCCACCAUUGCUGUGAUGUCGCAGGAGGAGGAGACCGAGCCAGAGGUAAGAGAGAGAAGGAUUUUAAACCCUUAAAUUACCAGACAUUGGGUUGGAGCGGCUAUUAAGUUAGGGACAUGGACACUACAGCAGCUUUGUAUUUCUAACAUUAUAGUUCUCUUUCAAUAUUUUUAGAUAAACCUUUUGAACUACAGUAUAUACUCGAGUAUAAGUCUAGUUUUUCAGCACAUUUUUUGUGCUUAAAAACCCCCACUCGACUUAUACUCGAGUCACUGUCUGUAUUAUGGCAACUUAGAGAGCCGCGGCCGUCAGAGCCAUGGCAACGAUCCGCGCGGCAACCAGACCGCGAGACUUACAGCGGAGCUGACCGGAACGGAGGAGAAGGGAGCUGACAGGAGCUGCAGGAAAGGUAAGUAAAUGCUUCCUGCCGGCCCCCCCACUUCACAGCCCAUGCCACUGGACCACCAGGGAUUAAGAUAGCCCUCCUCCCUGACCAGUUAACAAGCAGGGAGGGGGGACAAAAUAAAAUUAAAAUAAUUAAAAAAAAAAUAAUAUUAAAAUUAAAAAAAAUUUAAAAUAAUAAAAAUGCCCUCCCCCCACCCAGUUCACACACACUACACAAACACACACUCUCCAUUAUAUACACAGUGUGUGUAUAUAAUGCAGAGUGUGUGUUUGUAUGAGUGUGUGUUUGUAUGAGUGUGUGUUUGUAUGAGUGUGUGUGUGUGUGUGUGUAUAUAAUGCAGAGUGUGUGUAUAUAUAAUGCAGAGUGUGUGUUUUUUAUGAGUGUGUGUGUAUAUAAUUAUAAAAAUCACAGAAUUUCAUAGCCCCAAGUUUUACCCUCGACUUAUCCACGAGGCAUAGCAUAUUUCACAAUUGUUGGUCACAAAACUGCACUCGACUUAUACAUGAGAUCGACUUAUACACGAGUAUAUACGGUAGUUUAAUAUUAUGAAAAAUAUUUUGAUAUAUUAUAUAGUAUUUUUUUUUCAUAUUUUAAUAUUAUGAAAUAUUAAUUUUAAAAGUUUAUCCAAAAAUAUAAAAUAAUUUGAAAAUAUUAUCCAACAAUAUUAAAUUGAGGCUUUAAAGGAAGGUUAUAGCAUUAAGAAUAUAAAUGUGUAUUCCUAGCACAAUAGUGUCCUAUUCACCAUUUAGGCAACCCCCACCCCGCUAGGAUAUAAACUAUGUUUACUCACCUCCUCACUAACCUCGCUGCUCUCUACGUGGCUGGCCCUAACUUCUUGGCUUAGAUCACCAAAGCAUUGAGAGGCUAGUUCACAUGCGCCGCAAAACACUGGGCCAAUCAGAUGGUGUCUAUGACCUCAUUAAAAUAGAGUUUUACUCAGCUAUUUCUGCGAAAGCGCCUCUAGUGGCUGUCAGAGGCAUUACUGACACUAGAAGCAAUUACAACCUGUUAUGAACAAGUUGUUUCUGCAGAACGGCAAUGCUUUAACUUGCAGGAUCAAAACUAGAGGGACAUGGCACCCACAACACUUCAUGAGAUAAGUUGUCUGGCCGCCUAUAGAGUCCCUUUUUUCUUAAAGGGACACUAUUGUCACCUGAACAACUUUAGCUUAAUGAAGCAGUUUUGGUGUAUAGAACAUGCCCCUGCAGCCUCACUGCUCAAUCCUCUGCCAUUUAGGAGUUAAAUCCCUUUGUUUAUGAACCCUAGUCACACCUCCCUGCAUGUGACUUGCACAGACUUCCAUAAACACUUCCUGUAAAGAGAGUCCUAGUUAGGCUUUCUUUAUUGCAAGUUCUGUUUAAUUAAGAUUUUCUUAUCCCCUUCUAUGUUAAUAGCUAGCUAUACCCUGCAAGAGCCUCCUGUAUGUGAUUAAAGUUCAAUUUAGAGAUUGAGAUACAAUUAUUUAAGGUAAAUUACAUCUGUUUGAAAGUGAAACCAGUUUUUUUUUUUCAUGCAGGCUGUGUCAGUCAUAGCCAGGGGAGGUGUGGCUAGGGCUGCAUAAACAAAAACAAAGUGAUUUAACUCCUAAAUGGCAGUGAAUUGAGCAGUGAAAUUGCAGGGGAAUGAUCUAUACACUAAAACUGCUUUAUUUAGCUAAAGUAAUUUAGGUGACUAUAGUGUUCCUUUAACGUUGAUCUGUUAGCUUUAAAAUUGUAUGAGAAUGCCUCUACUGGCAAAUCUUUGAAGUGCAGGUCUUGCUGGGUUACACCAUUAAAACCCUUGUCUAUCUAUUGCCGUUGGUCCUACUUAGCAAGUGUUACAUAACGUACAGUAGAGCCAUUAUCUUUAGAGAAAGUAUUUUUUUACCAUCCUUUUGACAUCAGUCAGUUUGUCACGAUAAAAAAAAAAAUGAUAAUAAAUAAAAUUAAAAAAUUACUCUUUAGCAGUCUCUAGCUUCUAGUGAAAUGUGAUAGCCAGACCUAAAAAUCCACUUUUACUCUUUUAACCCCUUAAGGACACAUGACAUGUGCGACAUGUCAUGCUUCCCUUUUAUUCCAGAAGUUUGGUCCUUAAGGGGUUAAAUAAGUGCUACUAACGAACGUCAUUUAUCAGCAUCAGAUGAGUUUCCAGGGAAAGCGAAUAUUUUCCAAUAGAAAACGGUAUUUAGCAUUAGUCCUUAAAGCUUGCAUGUCCCAUAUAAUUGGCCGAGAUUAGGUUACAUGCAGUAUAAUCACAUUAUGGAGCAUUACAUGAAACAUAUCGUUAGGAAGCAGGCCUUAAUUAUCUCCUGGCAAAGAAAUUACAGUCAUUUUUCUAUCCAUAAAACAGUUACGUUAUAUUAAUCGAGGAUUUUAGAAUUUCCUAUUAAAUAACGACACUAAAAGUUUUAUGUAUCACAAAAAAAGGUAAAAUUUUGUGUACCACGGCAAUAAUUUGACUUUUUAAUAUGUGCUUCUUUAUGAUGGAUUUGUUUUAUGAGCCAAUAUAAUGGGAUUUAUAUUAUGCGGGGCCUGUUCCAUUGGUUAAAUUAGUUCCUUAUUGCAACAGAACCGUUCAAUGCAAUAAAUGCUGCAGGCAUAGCCACUGUGAUAUCAGUGCAAAUCUAACUGGAAUCUCUAUCGCUGUGUUUGGACUUUCCGUUUUUCUUAGUUUAUAUCUAUUUAUAUUUUCCUGGGCUCCUUUUGGUACAUGUCCCUUGGUACUGGCAAAUAUAAAAUAUUUCUGAUCAUUUACAUCAGAAGAAUUCUGUUACGCUGCCUUAAAAAAAGACUUUUGGGAUGGGUUUACUCAACAUAUUUUAUACAUUACAUUUUAUUUUUAGAUAUUGUAUACAUUACAUAGUUAAUGAUUUAAUCCCUUAAGGAUCUAUGACAGUUUAUGUCGUCAAAACUCUCAGAGUUAUUCACUAAACUACAUAAUUUUUAAAAAUUAACUCAGAAUGGAAAAAAUUUGUUUGAAUGGAAAAAAUGUAAAGAUUUUUUCCCGAACAGUUAUUUUUGCCUCAGGUUUUCCAUUCGGAUUUAGUUUCGGAAAAUUCUGUGUUUAGUGAAUAACCAAUCCACAAUAGAAUGCCCCACUUAAAUUUCAUGUUGACAUAUUUUUGGAGCUGGACUGGGAUACAUUGUAGUCAAACCAUUAACCAGAAGUAUGGAGGCAUCUGAGGGUGUGUGCUCCACCACAUGUGCGCACACAUUAACAGCAAUUAUAAACACAAAAACACAAAUCGUUUGCAACAUUCAGAAACACAGAGAAACACUGUUCAAAUUAGAUUUGUUUGGCAAGCAGUAACAACCACUUCAAAAGAACUCUGGGGGGGAGGGGAGGCAGUAUAAAAACUGUUACCCAGUACCCAUCAUAAAUAGUUUUUAGCAUUAUUUGCAAUGAAAGCUUGCUUGCAUUAUAUACUGUGUACCCAAGUCUUGUUUUCCACAAUGUAUAUAAAUAAGGAAAUCCUUAUUUUAGUACAUUUCCUGGUAUACCCAGUGGUGUAUCCUGGGUUUGUGCAAACACACACACACACACACAGUCAGACACAAACACACACACACACACACUCACAGACACACACACAGUCAGACACAAACACACACAGUCAGACACACACAAACACACACAGACACAAACACACACGCAGUCAGACACACACAAACACACACACAGUCAGACACACACAAACACACACACACAGUCAGACACACACGGUCAGACACACACACAGUCAGACACACACACACACACACACACAGUCAGACACACACACACACACAGUCACACACACACAGUCAGACACAGACACAAACACACACAGUCAGACACAAACACACACACACACAGACACACACACAGUCAGACACAAACACACACACAAACACACACAGUCAGACACACACACACAGUCAUACACACACACACACAUUAACACUUUUUUUUUAUCCCCCCCCCAGCCUCCUUACCUUUGGGAAUGCUGGGGGGCGGGGGGUUCUCUUUAUCCCUGGGGUGCAGUGGCUGCCGGUCGGGCUUAUGGGCGGGCGGCACUGGCGAGGGAGCACUUCCUCUGAGCUGUCUGCUCAGCUCCCUCGCGCGCCGCAGAGUGUGGCUGAGAGCCGGGUUGAUGACGUCAUAUUCCGGCUCCCAGCCUCACUCUGUGGCGCGCGAGGGAGCUGAGCAAAGUGCUCCCUCUCCAGCCACCCGCCUGCCCAGCCCAGCAUGUCAGUUAGCCACGAAGCUAACAAGGCAUUUGCCCUGGGCAUUUGGGGGGCGGCAUUUUUUGCCGCCCCCAGGAAAAUGCCGCCCAAGGCAAAUGCCUUGUUUGCCUCGCGGCUAAUACGUCGCUAGGUCUACCAAAGUAUAUGCUUUACUAAACCAGGUAACCAAAUCCCAUGCAGGUCACCAAGAGUUACAGCAGGCUUCCCCGAACUCCGGCCCUCCAGAUGUUGCUAAACUACAACUCCCAUGCCUUGUUUGCCUCACGGCUAAUACGUCGCUAGGUCUACCAAAGUAUAUGCUUUACUAAACCAGGUAACCAAAUCCCAUGCAGGUCACCAAGAGUUACAGCAGGCUUCCCCGAACUCCGGCCCUCCAGAUGUUGCUAAACUACAACUCCCAUGAUUCUAUGAAUGAUAUAGGCUGAGAAUCAUGGGAGUUGUAGUUCAUCAACAUCUGGAGGGCCGGAGUUUGGGGAAGCCUGCGUUACGGCUUGUUCACGUGUGCUUGUGCUGGGCAUUUCAAUGAAGUUUUCUGAGCCAAUUUCAUUUCUUGAAACACCGUCUUUACAGAUCUUUUUCAGAAGAAAAGGGGAACUUUCACGUCUGUCGAAAUUACAUAAUUGAAUAAACAUUGAAAAUCACCUAUAACUUGGGUUAAAGAGGCUCUGUAACUCCCCCACCCCACGAGAAAAAAAAAGUAUUUCAUAAAAAUAAAAUCUUUAUAAAAUGCUCAAGCAGCCAUAAAAUAUCAUAAGACAAAGUAGUGACUACAUUGUCAUAUGUGUUUUCCUACGCUUGACAAAACAUGGCAAAAAGCACAGCUGCCUCAGUAAAGUUGAGCAAUUUCCCCAAGCUCUAAGUAGUGAUGGCUGUGAGGUAUAAGGCAUUGUCUAUGGAAGCUCUUGCAAUCUUACGGGAUCCUCCAUAGACAUCAAUGUUGUACUCUUGCGCAUGCACAAGAGUACAGUGCUUACGUGGGCUCCUGGCAGAGGAUCCAAAGAAUGCGGCUGCAAGGGACAGCAUUGGGUAAGUAAAACCUACCUUUCAGCGGCCUCCACACAUCAAGUGGCAAUGUCAUCAUCGGGGAUCUUUGCUAAAUAUUCGCCACCUAUAAAGGUGAGGGGUAAUUCAAUACUCAUUUCUGACAUUUUAUUAGGCCACAGCCAGUCUGAUGGAACCAGAAAAAAAGGUUCCAAUGUAUAAAGAAUGAGAUAUCAGUUUUAUACAUCAGGAACGGACAUGGUUGGAAUCUUAUGACACAAACUGAAAAACAAAACAAAAAACACAAAACUGGGCUAUUCAAUAAAGUGAAAAUUGUUGGGGAAUCAAAGCGAAUAUGAAAUUUAAGGCCAAAAUAGCUGCGCUGGAAACAUUUUCCAAUCUAUGCUUCUGGUUCAGCUAUUUUGGUCUUACAUUUGAAUUACAUUUGAACUGACUUAGAAUUUCUAAAAAUGCUCACUUUAGUAAAUAAAUAACCCAGCUACAGGUCAGAGCUUAUAAGAAUGACUGACUGAGAACUAAAAUGGAGGCGUUUACCUGCAGGAUAAAGUGAUUUGGAUUUUUACAAAUAAUUGUCUUUUUCACACCACAAUACAUAUUUCCUAAAUGCAGGGAUAAGUAAAUAUAAUAUUAAAAAAAACUUAGGAAGUAACAGUUUCUAAUGAAAUGUAUUCAUUGGUAUAAAACAUUAUUUAAAGAUUUUCUUAUCCAUUCUGUAAUAAAAAUUAAAACAGUUUUUCUUUAUGGAAGAUUCUGUGGCAAUGUUAUAAAAAUGGGGAGCCACCAUAAUUCUGGGGGCAAAAUUCUAAAUGUUGACCAUUUAUCUUUAUAACCGUAAUGAUACGUCUGGGGUUCAGUUUCCAUGGAAACCAUGGAAAUAUAUUAUACAUACCUCCCAACAUUUCAAACGGACAAAGAGGGGUGCUUACACUUUAUGUGCUCCGAGUGGGGCGGGGCAGGGCUGUUCUGAGAAGUUUUAAGUAACUUACUAAUAAUUUAUAGAGCAAAAAUGUUUCUAAAUACAUUUAUUGUAGUUUAACCCUUUAAGGACCAAACUUCUGGAAUAAAAGGGAAUCAUGACAUCAUGUCAUGUGUCCUUAAGGGGUUAAAGACACAUUACUGGGAGUAUUAUUGCUGUGGAGCUCUGUUAUACACUCAGACACAUUACUGGGAGUAUUAUUGCUGUGGAGCUCUGUUAUACACUCAGACACAUUACUGGGAGUAUUAUUGCUGUGGAGCUCUGUUAUACACUCAGACACAUUACUGGGAGUAUUAUUGCUGUGGAGCUCUGUUAUACACAGACACACCAACAAUAUUGAAUACACGACAUUAGGAUAGAAAAGAGGGACAGAGGGAUUUGGGGGGAGAAAUAGGGACUGUCCCUUCAAAAUAGGGACACUUGGAAUGUAUGUUAUAUAGAAAAUUCCUGCUGAUUGCUUCAUUGUAGACAUUUGCCCCAUGUUUGCUCUUUGUUCUAUUUAUUAUUACAUGAAAUGCAGCCUUUGCUAUAAAUUUAGCAAUUCAUUAAGUCACAAAACAUUACAUUUUCUAAAUACCCAUCUGCUAAAAGGCAGGUACGUCACAGAGUGAAAUCACAGGAAGGAAUGCACGCUUGCCCUCUUUGUGUGUGUAUGUGUCUUUCCACCCACACCCUUUUUCUGAUUAGACUGACAUCAUUACUGCAUGGUUUUGGGGCAGGGCUGAAAGAGUGGAGAGAGAGGGAAGGUUGAUUCUAGCUUCCAGCAGCACAGCACUGAGUAAGGUAAGAGUCUCACUCACAUUGGCUGAAGGCAAUUUGUAAAAUUCUUUAUAAUUUACUGCCUGUACCUCUGCUGAGGUGAUCAGGCAAUGCUUCAUGUGGGGUGAAUGUUUAGCUAAUUUGUGGAGUCUCUUUAGAGAGUGCAAUGCUUGGCAAGUCUUUUUACCUUGCUGAGAGUCACAGGCUCUGUAAGGGACAGCUGGAACUGCAAAAACGCAAUUCACGAGCAACGUUCUAAAAUUGGAGCAAAUAGCACGGAAGUUCCAUAGUUUCCAUGGAGACCGUUCCAUUCUAUUUCCACUAAAAGUAAUAUAGUAUGGGCUCAAGGUUAACUCCAACACUCCUGAUUGCACAAUCAAAAUCCCCAUUUUUUUUUUUCCACUUUUUUUUUUUUUUAACAAGGCAACAUUGUAAAUUGUUUAAUUUAAUACCGUGUUAUUCUAAUCCUUUUGAGUAAUAUGUAUCUUUAAAAACACAUUGUUAUAGAAUUAGUUGAUGAGAUUGGUAAAGUAUAAAGUUUGGGCAGCAAUGGCAGGGAGAUAUGCUAUAAUAGUUAACACACAGUAUGAAAAUGAACUGUACAAUACUGCGUUCUUCCUGUGUAAUACUUUGUAUGACCAGAGGGAAGCCACUAACUCUAAGCCUCAAGCUGUAAAAUGGGUGGAUUCAGCACAAAGACUCCAUGUAGGGGUUUAUCCACUAAACAGUGAAUUUAUUUUAUCAGCCUUAGGCUGUAACAAGGGGUUUUAACAGACCCAGGGACUCUGCACUUUGGGGUUUAUGUACUCCAUAGUGAACUGUUACCUGUCUCAUUGACUGUAUAAUUGAUAAGAACAGGGAGUCUAUACACAAGGGUCUAUUCACAAAAAAAGUGCAUCUAACCUAUGUCCUAUGUUUUAAAAUGGAUGUGUAUAGUGAAUAUUCUUUUUUUAACACAUUGGGGGUUUAUUAACUAAAUGGUGAAUUGUAUAAAGUGGCUUAAACUUUAAAACAUGGUUUCUACAGAAUUCCAUACACGUGGUGAGUUAUUUACUAAAACUGAACUUUGGAUCAUCAAAUUUUGGUCUGAAUCUUAGAGUUAAAAAAAUAGUCUCCUAAUUCCCAUUUUUUAUUUCUUUUUCCCUUCCUACUCUAUUACCUGAAAUGUAGCCAUUUGAAUUUACAGCAAUCAACUGUUAGAUACAUCUUGCCAAAUCCUGUAUCCAGCUCAGUAUGUGAUCUGUUUAUACAGGCUAAAAAAAAAACACUAAUAGAUCAUUUAAUAGUGUGUAUAUGAUGGGAUAUUGGACACCGUUUUGGCCUUUGCAUAAAUGCACAUUAAACCGUGUGUGUCUGAGUCUGCUAAAAUAUUUUGAGGUUAAUGGGGGGGAAUUUUGGAAUGCAAGUGAACAGCAAUGAUGUGAAACCUCCCACCCCUUAAACAUUUCUUAGCUUUUAUUUUUUUUUAUUUUUUGAUGCUUGUGCAUAAAAGUUAAAUCUGGGGCUUUCUGAAUUUGUCAGCUAUGAUCUACCAGUGAUAAAUUUAUAGGGUGAGGUCACAGAACUGCACUGGGGCUUAUUAACUAAACUGCAGAUUGAGGAGGGAAUCUCACAUUGUAUGGCAAAAUUGCUGAAUUGGAACUAAUUCUCCAAUAUUUUCCUAACAUCACUAUUUGCUCCUGAAAAUGUAAAUUAUUUUUGUUAAUUAUCGCCAAGAAUCACUUAUUUAAUACAUACUAUAAUAUUCUUAAACAUGGUUUUGGCUUAACUCUGCACACUGAAUCUUUUGAGUGAACUCUAUUGACCAUGAUUGCCAGAUUAUCUUUAAAAUACCUUUUUAAUCUCAGGGACUCCAGUCGAUUGCAAGUCAGUAUUGAAACUGGCUAGGCGGUGACUUGCAUGAAUUAAUCAUUAAUCUUAGCCAGUGUUUGUAAGAGCACAUAUAGAGGUAGCACCCCCUUUAUCUAUACAGAGUAUCAUGGUAUGAUUUAACCUUGUUCACCAGAUAUGCCUUCUGUGUACUGGGGUAGUUUGAUGCCUGUGAGGGCAACUUCAGCAGAUUUUUGUCCAUAAUCUUAACAGGGAUAAACCUUUACUGCCCCUUUAAAUGACACUGUAGUAUGUGAACAGUGUUCUCAGCCUUAAAAUUGGUCAGUCAAGAUGCCCAAAAUAUGAGUCAUUGAUGUCAAGGAAGGUGAACUUUUAAAUAUGGUUAGCUAGUGGUACAAAGGAUUUUGCAAUCCCUGCCCUUAACCCUCUGACUGCUGGGUUGUGUCGGUCCAGCCAUUGAUGCCUGUAUGAAAAACCUAAAACAUCUGUAUUUUUUUUGUACUUGGAGAGUCCCUGAUUUCUAGUGCUGUCUGACUUGACUGCUGGUAUUGGGAAACGUAGGCCAGACUAAUCAAUUGCACACUUUACCACGGUAUUUUGCCCAAAUAUUUUGCCACUUUGGGAACAAGCAUGUUGUGUGUAUAUAGUCUUGCACUUUUAUAUACCUAUAAAUCUUUCACAAAAUACAGUUAAUUGAAUUACUUUUUAAUUAUUUUUUUUGUCAAACUAAUCUCAUUGUAAAAUAAAAAAAUCUUACAUUUUAUUUUGUUACCAACUCAUCGCAGAUCAGUGCUAAGUAAAAACUAACCUAAACAUUUGAAAAGUUAGAAAGGCAAUGUCUUUAGUCUAAAGAUUUUUUGCUGUGUAACAUGGCAUGCAGGGUGGGGCUGUAAUAAAAAUAUAUAACAUACCGUAAAACUAUUAAUUUGACUAUAAUAUAGCAGGCUUUGCUGUGAAAGACAUGAUUUUUUUCCCUCCAAUUAAAUACAAUGUAAUUACAUUUAAUAAUGGUUUAUUGUGGUUUCUAAAACGGUUAUUAAAGAAAAGCCAUGAAAAAUAUCUAUUUUGGUUCUGUCACAUACUAGUGCAGGCAUGCUUCUAGAUACAGUGCUGAAUCAAUUUGGGGAGUUACAGGCAUCCUAAAUAUCUACCGAUCGUAUUCUACCUCCAUGUUUGUUAUUCCAUUUCUCAGAAUUUUAAAACUGAACAGACAAUGUUUUAUAUAGGACCAUUUAAAAUAUAGUAUUCUUAAGUUAACGUGAAGAUGAGGACGUCCCUUUUAAGGCCUCUCUUUCACCAACUUGUGAAGGAAAUAAAAAAGCCUAGGCUGCACAUCCUUCCUAUUGUAUUUGUGUCUUCCUGUAUAAUUACAGCACAAGCUUACAGCAGGGUUUCCGACUUGGGGCAGUAUAGCAGCCAUGUUUAUACACCGGGGUGCAUUCUGGGCAGGAUUUGCUACAGUAACAAAGACUAUUGUUGGAGAUUAUAGAAUCUAGAUUGUGAAUUCCAUAAAGCCGAAGAUAUCUGUUAAAUGGAUUUAAUAUUGAAAUAUACUAGUAUAAAGUAGGAUUAAGCAAUAACUUAACAAUAAUUAGGCCUUAUUGUAAACUGCCUUGAAAUCUGGAGUAUGACAGAGAGGGGCUUAUUUACUAAAUGGUACGAGUUGAACAGCAUUUUAAAAUAUUUAUUUUAUUAAAGUUUGCAAAGUGAUUGUUGGCUUAUCCUCCCAGACAUAUAAAAUCUAACAGUUGUACACAUUCAUUCCCAUUUGUACACGUGUUCGAUUUUGAAAUAGAAGUUGGAAUUUGCACAUGUUAUCAUUGGGGUAGGGCUCAACUGGUUUACCUUUUUAUCUCGGUGUAGAUUAAGUCUUAGGAGUGUAAAGCCCAAUAUCCUUUUAAAGAAACAAAGACUGGAAGAGAUAACAAAAAAGUAACCAGGUUACUCUUAAGACUCCACCCUAGUCUUAAUGGUCCAUAAUCUCUCUAUAACAAAGGCUCUACUUUCUGUAGCGAGAAAGCAAGCGAUUGACUGUUAUUUAUCUCACUGCAAGACAUGCUGUAUCACUUAAUAAUGUAUAGCACCAACAUAGUCAGCAGCGCUGUCCAAUGGGAUUUCUUAGACUCUCGACUACUGGCAGCAGUAGUCAAGUUCUCAAAUAGAUUAUUGCUAAGGCGAUGGCACUGUCCCUUUAAGGAUGGGUUUAUUACAGGGCAUUCUGGGUAGAAAGUGCAAGACCUUUCCCCAUGCCCUGUAUGUGGACACCUUACUCUGUGUGCAAUUGAGAUGAUGUGAGGAGUUUACUAGGAUCUGGCCCAGUAGAUAAAGGCAUGAGAAUUCUGUUUAACACAAGAUGGCUAUUGUUUGGUAAUCUCAUUCAGUACAAGGCAUUGUUUGGGCCUUUUAAUUUAUUACAGGAUACAUAUGUUUAAUAAGUCUCUAAGGGUGAGGCUCCCAGAAUUUAAAACCCUAUUGAAUUAAACAAUUUAUAAUUGCCAGUUUCAUGUUCUGUAAUGUGUCAAAUAAACAAUGUCUCUGCCAAUAAAUGCUGCCCGAGCUGGAUGUAGUCGGCAUUGAUAAUAUGAAGGAGUUAAAGGGGCACUACAUGCACUAUAACCAUUUAAUCUCACUGAAGUGGUUAUAGUACCUGGAGUCCACUGGGGCUAUCCAUCUAUUGCAGGCUUCCCCAAACUCCGGCCCUCCAGAUGUUGCUGAACUACAACUCCCAUGAUUCUAGGGAUGAAAUAGGCUGAGAAUCAUGGGAGGUGUAGUGCAGCAACAUCUGGAGGGCCGGAGUUUGGGGAGCCUGCUCUAUUUAGUGAUAAACCAUUUUUGAACAGUUUAACACUGAAUAAGGGUCCCUGUCUCCCCACAGCCCAGCCCCCACUUGAUGUAUGACUAAAGCAGAUAUUACACACUUCCUUCUAGUCAGAUUAAUACAUACAUGUAAUGGAAACUGAUAGACUUAAAGCAUAGAGGGGGGUCAGCUGCUGGGGCCUAUCAUUUACCAUUAAAAAUGUUCAACACUGAAUGGAAGGACAACGCCACGGGAUUCAGGCACUAUAACCACUUCAAUUAGAUAAAGCUGUCACAGUGUCCCUCUAACUAGCCCCACCAUCCUGCAAUGUGUACUAUAGGGCAGCACAUUUAAAUAUGGCCUAUCAAGCAUUUAAAAAAGUGAUGCCCGCAGAACAUUUUAUAUCAUUUUCUGCACUUUUUUUUUUUUUUUGGAGGUAGAUUUGAGAAAUGUUAUUACACUGCUAAAGGUGGAGAAAUCACCCUACGAACCAAUGGAAUGUUCCCACUGAUUGCUCGCCAUUUAUUGGCUCUCAUCCAAUGGUCCUACUUAGCUCAGUGGCGCUAACCCGUGGCUCCUACAAGAGAAGGCGGAAACCGGGUUUGCGACUUUGGGUGCGCAGAGGGCUGUAAUAAGACUUUCCUGUAGCAUUGCUCAAUAUACAACAGAAUUCUCCACUAAGUACAAAUUUCCCCAUAUUAAAUAAAGCCUAAUAUUUGAAUUCUACAAAGGAUGUAUUGUUUUAGUGGAUAAGAGAUUAAGGGUUACAGUCAGAUUGUAGGCAGGAGAGUCUAUUUGUUGGGACUUAGAAUUGCUAAUUUCCUCAAUACAAUCCUUCAUUUAUUGCACAAUAUGAGGACACUUCUUGUUUAUUUUGAAAGCCGCUGGAUCGUGAAUUAUCAUCCCAUAAUUCUUUCUGUAUGGCAGUCUUCCCUGAAUAAUGUAUUAACUUAGCAUAUUAACAGGGAAAGUUCUAAAACAGAUUUUCUUGAAUGAGUCACUGAACUCUGUCUAUGGUAUUUAUCUUGAAAUGUUUCCACCUAAUUAGAUGGCAGAUAAGGGAUUGACCCACCCAGUUUGCCAUUCUACUGUUUGUUCAAAACUUGAAUAUUUCACUCCAUCCCCUCAUGGACGACUGCAGGUACACCUACUGCUUAUCAAUGAUAACAUAAUCUUUAAUAUUUAGGAUUAAUUACAUAUUCAUUUGAUUUAAGCUUCCAGAUCUGCAAAAUCUCAUUGCCUUUAUUUAAAAAAAUUCAAACUAUGGCAAAAAUGUGGACAAUUUAAUCUGACAAUUAUGGGGUAUAAAAGGCCUAACAAAGAUCUGGAUUGCAGGCAGAAACAGAUUAACAGAGGCGUUUUUCACAAGCCACCAAACUGUAGUGAAUUAAAAACUGCAUAUUAAAAUUUAAGCUAAAGUAGCCAAGCAGUGAUUGUUGCCAUUUGUUCUUAGACACUCCAUUGUCCAAAUGAUAAAAUCUAUAUAUAUGAAUGUUUAAUAGAUAUACCCUAAAUGAAACCAUGCAUGCAUUUUAUGAUGGAUAUUUCAUUAACGGUAUACCUGACCUAGCUUGCAAAAGCUGCAGAUCACUUGUCUGCAGCCUUUGCAAGCACUUUCUUUCUAACCCCGCCCAGACUUUCUGUUGCUGUCCAAUCAGACUUCCCGAUACAUCUCAUUAAGAAGUCUUUUCAAGCCACAUGCAAUGACUGUCUUUUGAAUUUGGCUCCUCUGAGCUAACCAAACCAGGAAAUAACAGGCCCAAAUGUCUCAUUGACAGCUAGGGAGGAGGUGUAAUAAGGUUCAUUUGUAAAAGAGCCAAUUUCUAUUUAAAUCUGGAUAUUUUUAUUUUUUAAAUGGGGAAGGAAAGAAAAGGACACACUCGUCACAUAUAAAUCACUUAAGCAAGCUAAAGUGCUUUAGGGAUUCACAGUGUUCCUUUAAUUUACUAUGAAUCUAUGUUUAGCUCUACCUGUCCCCAAAGGCCUGUAACUGUUGCUAAUGCAAUGCUUUGUUAAAGGGAUUCUAUAGUGCCAGGAAAACAAACUCGUUUUCCUGGCACUAUAGAUUUCCCCUCUGUCAAGGCACCCUCCCACAGCACAAAAGGGUUAAUAACCCCUUCAGUCACUUACCUGGGUCGAGUGCUGCUCACGUUCAACCCAGUUAUAUGGCUUUAACACCUUAGUAUAAAAAAAAAAAAUUUAAAGCUAUUUUAUUUUAUUUUUUUAAAUCACAUUUUCAGAACCAUUUGAAAUAUUUUCACGGCAGUUUUAUGCAAUAUAUUUCUAUGAAACAAGCAAUGCAUGUAGCCUACCUAAAAACCUCAAUUACAUCUGCAAAGAUAAGCGCCCACAUGUAAUAACAUUAACACCAGCUAUCAUAAGUGUAUUAGGGGGUUGGAGUGGUCACUACAAACGCUUUGACGCAUGGAGACACGCGUGCAGUGAGGCAUGUCUGUCCGCUGCCCUGAUUUCUCUGUUGUCACUGGCUAUUUAUCUUUGCUAAUUACCACAGAUUAAUCAAGCCACUGAGAGCAAAUUAAAAUGUAAAAAUAAUUUUAACUUCCUGCCUUGAAGCUAUUUACAAGACAAUUUAAAUUGGCUGGAUUGCUCUGUAUCCAAGAGAAAUGUGUGCAUUUCCUUAGAGCACUUAUCCUACCCCCUAAUUCUACUCAAAUAUUCCAUUAAAUACAACGCCCUUUUAUGCGGCAAAAUUUCCGUAACUAAUUAACAUUUCACAACGACCUUUUACACCCAACUAUUCCUACCAUAAAUUUCUCUAGUCAACAAAAGAUUAGUUCAAGAAAAGUCCAAAGGGGGUCUUAGUGCUCAUACACUAAACCUUCAUAGCUGUAAACCAUUCUUGGACCCUUUUGAGAAGCCUUAUUCGUGGCAGGAUUAGCAAGAUGACUGCGUGUUUUCCAUUUGUGCAAAAUAACAAAGAACUUAAGACUGUUUAUUUAUACUGGCCUCUGCUUUUAAAAAUUGGCCAAGGAAGAAGGAAAAAAAAAUGUGCUUGCAAAAAAUGCAUUAAAAGAAGAAUUCUAGAGAUUCUCCACUAAGAAGCCGCUCCUAAUUCUGACAAUACAAGGAGGGUUUCAGCUUGUGAAAGGCGAGCUGCAGAGGUGGCCAGAGUCCCAAAGGCUCACACUGGAUGGAUUAUAGUCCAAAUAUCCAGAUGGAAAUACAUUAUUGUACAGAAUACAAAAAAACUAAAAUGUUACAAACCAGAGAACACCUUAAAUUGUACAAUCUGACAAACAGCUGACUUCGGAAAGGCACAGAAAUGGCAUUCCAUGCAAAUGAGCUUUCCCUAGAUCCUCCAGUGCUCCAUCCCUCAAAUUAGCAUAAAUUAGUCAUUUAUUUCUUUUACAGUUUUUAUAAAAAAAAAAAAAUAUAUAUUUUUUUUUUUUUCAAGGUGGCCUUUCCUCAUGAGUGUGACUGUCACCACUAUGGGAGGAACAGAAAGGUGUAAAACCUGCUGCCUUUGGCUCCUCCAUUUAUAGGUCAAUUGAGUGAAUUGCUGGCAACAUAUGAACAUUAAGAUAAGGUGGGGGGAAAAAAAAUGAAGAAGGCUCUCCAUUCAAAGAAUUCUGGUAGGCUAUCCCCAUUUAACUGGGAAGGGAGAGAGGCAGAGUUUGUAAUCCCUGGUCUGCCACAUUGGAUGUGAUUAAUAAAGGUUUGUUACCACCACCACCCCCAUAGAAAUCCGGAUUAACCAUUCAGUGACCUUAGGCAGCCACCCAGGGGUUAGACUGGGUCCUUUAAACCAUGUACUUUGCUGACCUGUCAUAUACCAUUCCUAAGUGAAGAAUCAAUGAGGUGAGAUAACCUCCCUGUGUGAUUCUAAUUCUUCUCUGCCACCAAAGAGUGCACUGGCAACACCUUAAAACUUUUGGGAAGCCAUAAGCUAAACUAGUGCUGCUUUUAAACCGUUUCUUUAAAAUGUAAAAGAACAAUCCACUCCCUCUAGAAUGUAAGCUCAUUGAGCAGGGCCCACCACCCCCUCUGUUCCUGUACCUCUAGUUGUCUGGUUACAAUUACAUGUCUGUUAAUCCACCCAUUGUACAGCGCUACGGAAUCUGGCGCUAUAUAAAUAAUAAAAUAACUACAAUAUGUUUGCUCUCUGAAAAUCUAUACACUUCUAUUGCCACAUGUUUUCUUGCAGUGUGAGAACAUUUAAUAAACCCAGAAAUUGUGAUCAACACUUAUCUUCAGAAUCAACUCCUGUGAUUGGUGCCAAUGACUUAUUAUUAUUAUUAUUAUUAUUAUUAUUAUUAUUAUUAUUAGCUUCUCAGAAUUUAAUGCGCCAAUUUUUUUUAAAUUUUUUUUUUAAGUUUUAGUAAUCUCAUUAUUUUUGGGGCUUGUAAAGCAUUUCAAACUGUUGGAUAAAUAGUGUUUAGAGCUAAGCCGUUCUCCUUCUGCUCUUUGCUCGUAAUUGCAGUCCAAGGUGGACGCAAUCUCUCUUGGCAAGGUAGAGCGGUAGUUUCCUUAUUAUCCAUGAGACUGAAUAAGGAGAAGCAUAGGUAACUGGGAAAGCCACUAGUUGUCCGCGAUAAUUUUUUUUAACCAAAAAAACAGGAGUACGUGCCUAUAAAUAUCCAGUACUAUAAUCACAAAAAUGAACUUUAGUGGUUAUGGUGCGUGGACGCCCUUUUAAGAGGCUCUCGGUGAAAGGAUUUGGGUGUGAGACGCAAUACAAGAUUGAUUUAUCUAUUAUUCCUACCGUGAUUAAGGAGAACAAAAUGCAUAUACAAAUAUCCUUGUUAAAGAGUCUCCAUCUUCGAUUUUGGUUCAUUUCAUUUGUUCUCCUUUUAAAAGGGAGGGCGUUUAUAAGAAAGCCAAAUCAUUGUAUUCUCUGUAGAUUCUUAUUAAUCUUCCUUUUAUUGCUGCCAAAUCUGCAUGCUUUGCAGAUUCUAAUUAUUAUUGAGGUCUAAGAUGUAAUGAACCCAUAAAUCUUUUUAUUUUAUUUUUUUCCUUUUUCCAGGGAAAUAGUUCAGCAUCCCUGACUGGAUGAGCAGUACUGAAAAUAAACGUUUGUCCAUAAAGCCAUGGCUUUAUUAUAUUAUUUUCAUCAAGCUGAACUAGGCCUUGUUUUGUAUCAAGAAGAGUUGGAAUAGGUCUGGUGAACUUAACUUGGCUUGAUAAUGUCUACUAGACUUUCGCAUGGCUGAAAAUUCCAGUUCCUUUGAAUUCAAUACAUUUAGUUUUGUCCAAAACAAAUUUUGGCCAUUGGAAUUGCCAUGUUUAAGGGUGCCAAAUUGGUAAGGGUGCUGGGUUUUGUAGAUGGCUCCCUAUUUGUUUAAUUAAAUCUGGCAAUCCCAUACAAGAAUCCAAAAUUGGGCAGCUAUAAGAAUAAAAGAAAAUGUUCUUAGGUUUGGUCUUUCAGCUGUUUAGUAGAUAGCUCCAUAAUUUGGUAAACUGGAAUGGGGCUCUCAUAUUAAAGGAUACCAAAUUAGGAAGGGAGCUGUGUUUUAUUAAUAGAUACUGCUCCCUAAUUUAGUAUCCUUUAAUAUAGCAAUAUCACGUCAGGGUACCAAACUAGGGAGUUGUCUAGUAAAGAGCAUUAAAAGGUAUUCUAUAGAUCCAGGGAAACAAAGCCAUUUUCCUGGCACUAUGGGUUACUACAGUGUCACGUACAGUGGCUUAAUGCUUUCCUAUGGGGAUUCCGGUGACGCUGGAAGUCCUCAUGCAUAGCGUGAAGACGUCCAGCGUAAUUUAGACUACCAAAAGAUGUCUAAGCACCUGGAAGUCCCUUUAGUGGCUCUCUGGUAGACAGCCACUAGAGGAGGAGUUAACCCUAGCAGGUAAUUAUUGCAGUUUCUCAAACUGCAAUAAUUACCACUGUAGGGUUAAGGGACAUGGAACAUUGCACCCAGACCUCUUCAAUGAGCUAAAGUGGUCUGGGUGCCUACAGUGUCCCUUUUAAGACCAAUAUUUAGAAACCAAUAGAUGACACCUAAAACUUGAAAUGGGUGCCCUUAUGUGGGAUCACAAUAUCAAAGUGUAUUACAUUAGGAAUUUGUUUAGUAGAUUUUAAAAAAUGUAAAAAAUAUUCGAUAGCUCCCUAAUUUGGUACACUUAUUGGAUCACAAAAGGUAGCUACCUACUAAACACUCCCUAAUUUUCUACCCUUAAAUAUAUCAAACACUGAAGUGCCAAUUUUAUGAAUUUAUCUGAAUGAACAAGUUGUGAAGAAUUUUAAUUGCGUAAUUCUUGAAUUUGUGCAUUUAUUAUUUUGACACCAAAAAAAAUGCACAAAUAUGUCUACUAUGGUCAAUGGAAAAAAAAACAAAUGGCGUGUACAUGAAAAAUCUCUUCCUUUAAAGGAAGACUCAAAGCACCAUGAACCUUUUCAGCUCUUUGUAGCAGUUAUGGGGAGAGGAGCGCUCUGCGACGGUCUUAUUGUAAGUAGUCAACCUGUUUUAGAACAGUUUGGCCAUUAAUCCGGGUUGCCCUAGAUGCCCAUUCCACAUCUGGCAUCUUCUGCAGAAUUAGUCAAAUAUGUGUAUAGAAUGAGGAAUCGCCUAUUCAGGUCAAUGCUGAAUGACUGUCGAAACUCUGAGCCAAUGGCCUUGCUUAGCACUGUUGUACUAACCACAUUCUCUUAAAGGAAAAGACUCGUUGAAGGUCAUGCAUAGGCAGGCACCCAGUGGGACCUAGGUAAUUGUUUGCUAUAUUAAAAUAAUUUAAAGAAACAAUACAGUGUUGGUAAUACAAAUGGGUAUUCCUAAUGCUAUAGUGCCCUGGUGGCCACCACCUGCAGGGAGGGAAAAAAAAAAUCUAUACUUCCGAUUUCUCCCUUGUUGGGCGGCUGGCCCUGAAAUUGACCUCAGCCAAUCCUCCAAGGCUUUCCCACAGAACAGAAAUGUUUCCAGCUACUGGGUUGAAAUCGAGAUGAAGCAGCCUGGGUGCCUGUAGUGUUCCUUUAACUAUUUACCAUGGGAUAGAACCAGUAUCUUGUAGUGCUUAUGGUACUUGGGAUAUUCUUAAGUUUCUCUUCAUGGCACAUGCUCUUUUCUGAGCAGAAAGAACACGAUAUAGAAUUUAACAUCGUAGUAGCGAUAGAACAUGGUCAGUCCUCCUGGCAGGAAUGGCUCUGCUUCUAAUAUUUUCAAAGACCAUAAAUUUAGUUAAAUGCGUUUAGCCAUAAGGAACUUAUGUCCCAGUACUUAACUGACAUCUAGCAAAAUAAUCGUUAAAUAAUUAGAAUAUUUUUUUUAUUUCCCAGUGACUCAUUGCAUUUAAUACUUUGCUAAUCAUUUCUCACUAAUCUGAGUGGCUCCUCAAGGACCGAUUAAAAAGCUAAGCGCUUCUUACUUAUGCCGCUCUUGAGACGGGUGCUUGAUUGUUAAUGCGUUAUGAUUCACGUCAGCUGGAUGGUAAUAAGCACAUAAAGAUCUCUAAGUAGACAAAGCACCCAGAGAUUAGCACUAAACAUGUUUGUGAGAAUGCUGGCUGUCACCACCUCAUUAAAAGCACUUUCAUUUGUUGUGCUCUAAGUGCUGUUUGUGGAUCCGACGGGACAUGUUGCAAAACGGUGACCUCACCUCGCAGACGCACACCCACCAGCUCUCUACAAUGCCUGGAAAUUUGAGUCAAACUAAAUGAGGUCAUCGUUCGCUUUGUCUGGCAAUUCAUUUUAUUAUGUAAUACAGUAAAUUAAGGAGAACAGAACAGAGCCGUAUGAUGUGCUUUUCACAAUAUGAAUGUGGACAUUCUGUGGUUAGAGAUGGCCUCUUCAUAUUAAGAAAUGGAGAGCCGUCAAUAGGACGUAGCGGUGGCUUAGAUAUAACAAUUUCAUGUUAGGAGAUUGGAGACAAACACACCAUAAAGUGGCAUAUCUUCCAAGUGUCCCUAUUUUGGGCUCAUAUCCAUAUGUUGUUAUUCGAGCGAUUUAUAACGGCAUCACAGAAUUAGAGACAAACUAAUCAUUUUUGAUAUUCGGAUAUUGCAGAGAGAAUUGCUCACUAGGAAGCAGAGCAGUCCUUAUUCUAAAUAAUUUUUAUAUUGGAAGGCAGAAAAGAGAGGGAGGACCAAUGGGAAUUAGAGAUCUGUUCAAUAUAAUCUCUACAUAUGGCCUUGAUUUAAUUAGCUUUCCAAAUCAUUCAAUACUGUUGGAAAAAUGUUUCUAAAUUAUAUAUCUACAGAAAUCACUAUUAAGGUUGAAGGGAUUUUUUUUUUUUUUGGUAGAUAAAUAAUUUGUAAAAUGUUUCUAAAAGAUUGUAAUUUAAAAAAAAUAAUUAAUUGAGGCCUUUAUUAGAAAGACUGGAGAGAGAUAUAGCCUGUGACUAUUUGAGAUUAUCUUGUUGUCUUGGUUUAUUAGUGUAGGGAUACCCAAAAGGGAUGUAAAAAUGGCCUUUGAUGGUUUCAGAGAUACAUCAAGGAAGCUUAGAUGUCCUGGUUUGCAUUCUAAUCUUUCUUAAUUCUGGAUCGUUUACAAUUAUCCAGUAGGAUGUAGAGAUGGCCUCGUAAGAGUUAGGAGAUGGACACCUUGAAGGAUACAGAGAUGGUCCCAAUAUUGAAACCCCUUCAUAUAUGGAGAUGACAGACCUAUAAUACGGAUAACCUAUGCGUUGUAAACUGUUCUUUUAUUAUUAGAGACACCCAUUAAUUGUUUCAUUAUGCAUUAAUUAACUUCAGCCAAGUAGUGUGCAACAUAAUGUAGGAAACCAAUAAACAUUCUGAAAUGACCGCCUGAAGGUGAAGCCCAUAAGGUAAAAUUGUUCUAGAAUUUACACAUAAGUCUAAAAUGGUAUAAAUUACAAAGGUAAAAAAUAUAUAAAUUUUAGUAUACAAAGCGAAAAGGCAAAAAAUUUAGACUCCUAUUUAAUUACCACAGAAUUGAGCAAUGUAAGUGCUCUUUGUAAUUGUGUCAUUUAUAUAAACAUUCACACAAAUCUAAUUCCAGAGAUACACGCGCACACAGAUUUUUUUUUUUUCCCAGCUCAGACCUAAAUCAUUUCUAGACAACUUGACAUAAGAACUAGACCUCAGACCUACUAUUGAUUUACUCGCUCCCCCUCAAAAAUUGCUUAAGAAGCACAGACUGGAAUUUCUACAAAUAAAAUGGACAUACUCCCAAAUUUGGACAGAAAGAAUUUCUCGAAGAAAGUAUCCUCUUGCUAAUGGAUGAAGAUAGAUGAUUUAAUGGGACUCAAGCCAGUAAUCUUACAAAUCCUUCAGGGGCUCUAUUUUUAAUACGAGGGGGGGCAGGCAAUCUAUCUCUAAAGUGUGUUCUACAACCCUUCUCACUCUGUAACCAGAGUUGGGAGAGCGAUUAGGGCAAAUAAGGGACACAGAUGAUUGAAAAUAAAUAAUUGGAUAUUCGCCAUGGUUACUGUCGGCUUUUAACUGUUUAAAUAUGAAAAGUACUAUUUUAAGUUAACAGAGUUCACAAAAUCUCUGAAGCACAGCCCAGUCACUAUCAUUCUAUUUUAUUACAUAUAAUUUUGAAAUUUUUUUUAUUUAAUUUUUUUACACAGACAAUAUUUACUAUAUGCUAAUAUUUAGGUACAUCCUGGGUUAUUUUUAUUGCUAUUAUUUCCCAGCUUUUCUGUAUGUAUUUUAUUGAAAUGACUUUGGUUCGACGUGAAUCUGGUUUAUUUUUUUUGUUUUUUUAAACAGAUACUAGAUAUUCUGCAGGGCAGCAGUUUCGCAACAUAUUACAAAUUCUCUUGCCUCUCUCUCUUUCAAUCUGCGUUCCAAACCAUAAUUACAUUAGUGUUUUGCAGUGCUCUAACCUGCAUUUAUAAGCAAACGUGCUGGGAGACGGGGCAGGCGGCUGAUUUCACAACCUACGCUUUCACAAUAAACAUAGCAUAUGGUGCUUGGACUGCCCCUUUUUAAAGAAACACUCCAAUCACCAUAACCAUUAACAGCGCAUUAUAGUAGUUGGUGUUUGGAAGGCCCUAGCAACCCUCCCCCAUUCUAACUAUUCAAUUGUUUUAAUUGGCUUGCAGCCUUACCUGUGGUCAGCUGGGCGCUGCUCCCUGUCUCCACUACUUCCAUCACAGAACUGGAAGCUCUCUGUUUGAGUUAACCCAGCUUAGCAGUUUUCCAGAUCUCUGGGUAAGUAUUGUAGACAGGGAGCAGUGCCCGGGGUGUCCCAGUUAACAGGUCAGACUAUUCUAAAAUGGUUAAUUACAAACAAUUGGUGGGGGUUCCAGGACAGUCCUGGCACCAUAACCACUACAGUGCUGUGUAGUGAUUAUGGUACUUGGAGUGUUUCUUUUUUACUGCAACUAACAGAAAAUAUGAAAAAUACCAAUAGCUAGAUUUAUUAAUUUCGCAAUGGCAGCUAGAUCAUGUUGCACGAACAUAUUAAUCUAUUGCCUUAAUAUGAUUAAUAGCAGUAUAUUGUAUUAAUCCUGCAUGCUGGUGUCUGUAUACAGAAUAAAAUCCGGUUUUCUUGCAGUAAGAGCCCAAGCAAGUAGAUUUUUCUCCCAAAAAUGGUAGCAAUUCAAUGUAGUCUCUCAACACUCCACUAUCCAGAGGGUCUGCAGCAAAUUCUUCUCUUAAGCCACUUGUAGGUCAGUUUAUAUGACGUAAUGUUUCAGGACUGAAUGUGUCAGCCUAACCUGUAAAGCUUACAUAGUUCAUUCAGAAAUCUAGAAAAAUGACCUGGAUCUCAAUAAAUCACCUCAUUUGUUUGACAGAAUAUUUCAGUUUAACGUUUAGCUGAUUGUUUUACUUAGCGUGAUUAAUAAAAUCCCACUUUGACAUUGCAAGCGCCUUCUGAAAAGGCACAGAUCAUUUAAUCUAAAUUAAUAUUUCCCAUACUCCUCAAGUACUAUAACCCCGUGUCAGUGCGUGUAUAUUGCGUCUUUGCCAACAUUGAUUCCCCCUUCGACUGUAACAGUGUCUCGGUUUGUUAUUUGCAUCUGAAGUAAAUUUAGUGAUAUGGAGGUACACACAGUGCUUACGACCUAUAUAGCGAUAAACUAACCGUAAACCGAUUAUUAAAAAAUAACAUAGAGAACCUCAAGAUGGCAAUUUCACCCUUCAUCUCCAUGUAGUUUUUGCCAUGUUUUGUUAGGUUUGGUGGACGGUGGUAGGUUCCAUUUAAUCUCAAGGAUGAACUAGGAGAUUCUUGUUCUGGUUCCACACUUCCUAAAUUUCAAAUGAACAAAGAGGGACACAUUACAUUUAGGGGUGUUAGGGCAUGACCAGAGGCUGGGCUGUUCUGAUAAAUUUUAGGUGACUUACCAAUAAGUUUUACUACUGAAAUGUCAUUUAAAACCAGAACAAUGUUAUGUAGUGUAGUUUAAAGACACUUUACUAUGAGAAUUAUGGCUGUGUUACACACUUGUGCCAGCAUUUCGGAUCUGGACUGGCCUUGUGGGCGUGAUCAGUCUGAUAUGCAAUUAGUAUACUUUAUCUCUAUAAUGGCGCAAGUGAAUAAAUUUCAAACCUGAGUGGGGAUUAACCAAUGCGGAAGCGUUUGAGGUUUCUCUGAGCUUUUGCCCAUACUCAGUUCUCGUAUUCUCUAUUUUUGCUUCUAUGCAUUUGACGUGGGCCCCGUGUUUACUGUGACUACAGGGAUAUCGGUUACACCUCGCUGACAAAACCUAAAGAAGGCUGAAAAGAUAGUCUGGUAUUGCUGUAUCUCUCGUGCCAAGGGAACUUGCCAACAUAUCCGAUCUGGACUGCCCUUACGUGCAGGAUCAGUGUAAUAUGCAAAUGUUACAGGUUCUCUCUGUAUUCGCAUAAGUGAGCAAAAAUUCUCUUGAGACCAGAGUGGUAAUUAACUUACGAGCAAGCUACUGAGUUUCUCUAUGCAUGUCUGUUCUUUGUUUUUGCUUCAAUACUUUAAGACACACAAACGUUACAGAGCUCCUAGAAAAGAGGGAUUAUUUUUAUUAUUAGGAUAGGAAAAGUUAGAGGAAUCUCGGCUCAAGAUAGGGACUGUCUCUUCUAAAUAGGGACACUUCGGAGGUAUGCAGUCUUUCCAAGAUAAGGGAGUGUCUCUCUGAGAUUCGGGUUCAAAGAAUAAUCAUCGACAUCUCCUCUACCAUGCAGGACUACCCAUUAAUAUAACAGGCAUAUAAUGCUUUUUCGUACAUAAAUCCCUCUACUUUUUUGGCAGUCCGUUGUCUCUGUGAUUGACGACUGCCACACUUCCAGAGAGAUUCUGCUGACUUAUUACUCACAGACAGCCUCUGCCAGACCAGUUGUGGUUUUGAACUUGGUAGCAAGCAAUAGUUUGAGGCCCUGCUCAGGAAUAGGCUUUUAUGAUGGAAAUGUAACUCGUCGAGAAAUGACUUAUUGGGAAAUAAAAGUCUUUAAGAUAUUCCUGGUGAACUCCCCAGAGAGAUGUACAUGUGCUAUUAAUAGAGAGACAGCAAGGAGACUGAAUUUUCUUGGCUGUGAAGGUCCAUAUUAAAGCACCUGACCGGAACAAGUCGUGAAAAUAUAGACUCAACUGCUGAAAGGUCCUGUAAUCUCAACAGGCUCCUUGUUCCUAGAGAAUCAUUUAUUUUCUCCUUUUCAGAGAAAGUGUUUUUUUUUUUUUUUUUUUCAGUAAGCGGAACUGCUUUGAAGUGUGCGAAGUUCAAGACAGAUGUCAAAAAAUAUAGUGUACUCUAACCUAGAUUUGUGGCUGCAUGGACUGAAGUUGCUGAAGAGUCAAUGGCAUGUCGUAAUCUUUAUCCAAAAACACUAAGGACGAGACAAAAAAAUGUGACAUGCUUUAAAAAAAAUAUAUUUUUUGCUUAUUUUUCUUCAAGACAAAAAUUUUGGAAGACCUUAGCUGGUGCUUCCUCCUAUAGCAGUUGGUUUUACAUGGCCUAUUUCAAUGGAAAUGGCACAGAUAAAAUGGGCUAUAGAAACUUAAAAUAGACAAGAGAAAAAGGGCAAGCCUCAGUGACCCGGUUAUUGGUUUUAUGAUCCGGAUAUAGAAUUUAGUAAUCAUAAUGGCUUCUUGUGAAAACAGCCUUUGUUUGCAAACCGAACACCUCCCAGUAGUUGGAAUGGCCAUUGACUGGGACCUAUUGAUGGAUAUUAAGAACAAGCUUGGGGUAACAUUUUUUUCAGGUUUGUGUAUACAUUUGUUUGCUCAGGAGUUUUGUGUCCCUAUUCCUUUGUCUUUUUUAAUAAAAAUUUCUGAGCCAUUUUUUCUUUUUUCUAAGCAGUGUUACGCUAUGUGCAUAUUGUUAGUUUAAACCAUUAUAUCCACACCUUAUGUCUUAUCACGGGAAAGUGGAUUUUAUGGUCACUCUGCACAGGUGUUGUUGGGGCAACCGUUCUGUGUUUUGUGGUAACAAUUGUUGUGUUGUGUUGUUGUGGAAACUGUGGUUGUUGUGGCAACAGCUUAUUCUCGUGGUGGGAAUUUUAGGUGGUUGUGAGACAUUUCUAAUACUGACUCAUGCAAAUAAUCGUUUUUGCUUUUUUACAUUUGAUAAUAAAAGCCUUCACAUGGAACCGAAACAAGCUUAGAACAUUAGUCUGUAAAAACAUGAGCGCUUUGAUUCCCGUGUCUAUUCAUUUUUACAGUUACCCAAGCAUACAAAGUCCAAGGGACUGUCUUUAUCGGCACACCCCUUGCCUGAAUUGCUUGUCAGUAAGAAUUCUCUAGUCGGCAUGUUUGAGCAGGAGCAGUCGCGGCUAUCUCUUUGCUGUUCUGGCAGUUUCUUUGCCUGUUAAUUCAUAAAGUUUGUAACUGUAUCCCAUAUCUUGAAGAUUCUCAGACGUCCUGCUUCCAGGGUCUGCCAAAGUCCUGUAAGCUAACGUAUUUGGUCUGUACCAGAGACGCCUAAAGGAUCUCGCAAAUGAGUCUCUGUCUCUGUAGUUUGGCUUUGAGAGAGCCUGAAAGUUAAUGUAAUCCUACAACAGUCCAAUAGUGGAGCCAAAAAAUAAUUUUCUUUUCCACAGUACAGUCACACAAUAUACUGACUGGACCCUACUAACUUUGACCACCACACAAAACUUUUUUACCCACCAAAAUCACUUCUCCCCAUUGUGGAGCUAAUGGAAGUAAAUCGAUAUUCCUUUAACCCCUUAAGGACCAAACUUCUGGAAUGAAAGGGAAUCAUUACAUGACCGGUCACACAUGUCAUGUGUCCUUAAGGGGUUAAUGAAAGUUCUCUAUCUUCUACAAAUGUUAGGCACCGUGUAACAAAAGCAAAAAGUCUGUUCCCAUUUUUAUUACACCGCAUGAGUUGGCAUUGAAUCUAUAACAAAUGUGGAUUUUGAGCCGGGUCCAAUAACAGAUUUGCGGUUACCUAGUUGAUUGCGUUUAAAAAUGCCAGUUGAUUUUGUGUUCCGGUUUCACGUAUAUACAAAAUCAGUACAUUGCUGUAUUCAAAUAAACUUUGACAUCCUAAAUGAUUUGGAAGAAUCGACUGCCUUUGCUCUACUCUUGCCUUCUUUCCAUUGUGUAAACACAUAGCAAUAUUAUCCCAAUCAGGCACCUUAGCCCAUUCCCAACACCAGGACUGCGGGAGCCAUUUUUACUUUGAAAAACGGGUGGGUGAAUUCCAGUUCAUCUACUGGGUGUUUUAUGUGUUUUGUGUUAUUUUUUUAUUUUUUUAAAAUUUUAUUUAUUAUUCUUAUUAUAUUAUUUAUAUAGCGCCAUCAGAUUCCAUAGCGCUGUACAAUGGGUGGACUAACAGACAUGUAAUUGUAACCGGACAACAGGAUGUACAGGAACAGAGAAGUGGAGGGCCCUGCUCAAUGAGUUUAUAUUCUAGAGGGUUAGAAAUGGACUGCACCAAUAGGGCAGGCUUGAAUGUGGAACAUUGCGCAAGCCACAUUGACCAAAUGGUUAAAGCACUUUGUUAUAUUAAACAUUUUAGGUUUUGUUUACACCUUUUAUGAAGGAAACAGACUGUCUUUACCACCCUCACUAGAAGCUUCCUACAUCAAACUAAUGUUUUUGUAAAAGGAUCUCGCUGGAGUUUAGUUUCUCAUCAUAGAGGCCUCAUCACAUUUGGACGAAGAUUCAAAGAACUUAAGAGAUAUAAAGUCUCAGCCAACUUCCUUGUUUUGUUUCAGGAGUAGGAGAAACAUCCAUAGGGAACCACAUGAGAGGCCACAGAACAAUAUGUAGCCAACGUUGACUGUCUCUCGGGAUUUGUCGAGCCCUGUAUCUGAUACAGUGUCAGACAUAUGUCUUGCCUCUAACUUCUUCUUACCUCAGGAACAGAUGCUUCAUCGUCCCUGGUCGAUACAUCCACGUGCCUGGCUUGUUACACUUGCACAUCAGGGAAUAAUUAUGUAUGAGAUAUAAUCUGUUGACAUGCUUCAAGCAGAUGCAAGAGUUCUGGCAUAUUGAGAAUACAAAUGGGCACAACUAUAGUCCCCAGACACUUUCUAUGCAUUUGUUGGUAAAAUGGUAUUCUUCAUUGGAUCUCUUAGCUGAGCCCUGUUGUCUUGUGGACUCUUUUCUAAUCCAUCUCUUUUGUUUGGAAAUUUCUGUGCCCAUAUAAAUCUCAUGCUUGCUCCAGAAUCUGGAAAGGCUGCUGACUGCUGUAAAUUAGGAUAUACAUACAAUAUUUAACAUUAACUAAAAUGUCAAACUUGUUGGAGUGUCCAUCCUCAAAUAUUGCAUGUUUUUAUUUCGGACUCUAUCAUCUGCCACUUUCUGGUGGUUGGUGGUUCAGCAUUAAAGACCACUGAUGAUGCUUUUCUGUACUUAUGGACCAAGCCCUCUGUAGAUCUACUUAGUAUUAUCCUGUGUUUUUGUUUGUUUGUUUUGUUUUUAGCCAUGCAUAGUUGCAUAUCUAAAAAAAUUGAAUAUAUGACAAGUUCACACAACCUUCCUCUGGUUUUUUCCUUUUGGUCGAUCAACAAAAUGUCAUCAAUAUGGAAUGCUGUGUCUACAUAAUCAUAACUGUGGACAUAAGAUUUUGGCCAAUUGUGACUCAGUCUCUGUGUGUGCUUUGGGCGCGUCAGUUUAUCAUACACAGCUAUGCUGGCAGUUUUCACACCCAACUGGGCAGUAUGUGUGACAUUUAGGGAGGAGGCCAUGGGCUGCUGCUAUGAAUGGCUAUUUUUAAAGGGCAGCGUCAUUUUAAAUCUGUUGGGAUAGGUCUUGUUUGAAAAAGGUGUGAAAGACUGCUCAGAUGGUCUGUCCAUGUAUUUUGGAAUAAUGUCGCAAGCGAUCAUGACAUCUUGGAAGAUAUUUAUCAUAGUGUUCUAAAAAGUGGUGCAAAAAAGGAAUGGGCCUGGUGGUUCCUCUUGUUUCCAUACUGAUGGUUCCACUUCUAGUACUUUAGAACAGAAUCCCCCGUUAAGUAUUGGAAGGACAGUAUACAGAAGAGACUCUAAUUGGCAAAAUGUAGUCAUCCUGUAGGAGCUAUAACCUUCUACCUGCUGCUCUCUUAUUAGUGUAAAAGUGUUCUAAUUUAGAAGCCUCAGUUCUAGGUACUACAUUAGCCAUAUCCUGUGAGGUUGUGUUUUUUGUUUUUUUUGUGGGGAGCAGCUGGUCUUAUAUUGGAUCCUGUUCUGUCACUAUGCAUAGACUAAACUGAUGAAAAGUCCAGUAAUCUCAACUGGCUCCUUGUUCCUUGUUCUUCUAUUCUACGCAUAGAAAAGUAUUCCAUUGGAAAAUUCUGAAUUUUGAGCAACUCUACAAUAAUAAUUACAAUUUCUUCUACUUUUCUGUCAUAGCAACGGCACUCUACAUGUCUCCACUAAAGAGUUAGGGCAUCAUUGAUUCUCAUAAACCAGGCAUCUGUACUUGGGUUAGGGGGUAUCUAGCUGGUCCUCCUAUUGAACGAAUGAGAGAUGGUUAUGGCAUACCUUUCUUUUUUAAAGGUGCUCAUUAUAAGUGUUGCUAUAAUAGGGAUCGGCUCUUGACUCAGUCCGUUCUGCUUCUGUAUGAUUUACAUUAAAAUGCUGCCCAUCAUUCUUGCCACGCUAUGUUUUGUUUUCUUUUUUAUAUAUUUUUCCACCUCCUCCUCCUCCUCAAGGUGGCUCCAGGCAAGUAUAAACAGGCUCCUAGGCCCUGUUUCCUAGCGACAGGCUCCAGUCUGGCGUUUUUCUCAUAUGAGAUUAAAAAAAUAAAAAAUAUCUUGGCUUAUUUUCAGACAACCAAGGUUCCUCCUGGCAGCUGUCACAGUAUUUUUCCACAAUGUUUACUCAACUGUCAAAGUCCUGAAUUCAGGAGGCCUGCACUUUGCGCUGGGUUUCAGCAGUUCACAUAUUUAAUAUAUCCAUGUUAUGAGAAGAUUUUUCUUUUUAACAAAAACACUAGUAAUUUAAUGGCGGCGUAGAUAUAAAUGCCUGUUUGGAAUAAUUCCACAGAAUUUGUUUGCUCCACCGGCCAAUAAAGGAAGAGUGUGUCAGGGGUUAUCGAGAUAUUAAGAGUGAAUUGUGACUUUUAGUGGUUUGGAACCCCUAGAGCAUAUGAUCCAUCUCAACCUAUCUAAAGCAUAGUAUUGUUUGAACUAAUAAUUUGGCAUUCGUUGUGGAACAUUCGUAAACAUUUUAUUUUUUUUUCUCCUAUUUUGUUUUUAAAUUAUUUUGAAAAUCUGGCUAUCUAAAGAAAAAAAAAAAUAAACUAUAAAAAAACAAACAAACAAACACACAUUUUGGGUACUCUGUCAAACUGAACCUUUCAGGGAUCUUGAAUUAUGUCUAAAUUUUUAGGUCACAUGACAUCAUCUGCGCACACUACCAGCUACCUUCAAAAUCGCAACUCUGGUUAAACGCUUAGGGUCUUUUUCCACCAGUACGCUUCAGAUACCGGAAGAAAGGCUCUUAUAGUUGGCCAGACUUCCUUUUAGUUUAUCUUGAGUGUGUAGUGUGUUAUAGACUGAUAGUUUAGCAGACAUUUCUGAUCUUUUCAUGCAUGAGCUGGCCAAUCCAGUUAGGAUUGCCUCCAUGAAAAAGUCAGUUUCAGAAGCUUUUGUAAUACAAGAUAUUACUUUAGUAAAAAGUGCAAUAAAUACAGUGAGAACGGUGUGAGUGCGAUCUCCCACCUGAGUGGGAAACCCCUUAUACCACUCAAGAAUAAGCAUAAAAUACAAUACAUACAAUAGGUGGAUCACACUUCUUAAAAUAUCUAAAAGAGAAUAAAAACAGCAAUAUAGUGUAAUAUUGUCAGCAAAUGGAUAUCCAAUUAAUGAAUGAAGGUAGUCAGGUACUCACAAACCAAGAGCCAAACAAGGACAUGUGGCUCUCAUGGGAACAGCACUGGGACCAUUUGUCCUUGUUUGGCUCUCGGUUUGUGAGUACCUGACUACCUUCAUUCAUUAAUUGGAUAUCCAUUUGCUGACAAUAUUACACUAUAUUGCUGUUUUUAUUCUCUUUUAGAUAUUUUAAGAAGUGUGAUCCACAAGAUAUUACUUGCCUAUUCUCUGUUAGGGAUCCAAUUCUCAGAACGGACUAAGCUAACCUAUGGACAGUGAUUUUGCAUACCUCCCAAAAGGUCUUUACUCUGGUCCCAGAUCCUUUUUGUUCUUCUUGCCUAUCCUAAUGAAUGUCUUGUCUACGAAAAUUUUUGAGAAUAGAACAAUUUCAAAGCCAUGAAAAAAACUAAAAUAAAUGCAUUUAGAAAGUAGUCCGUGUAAUUAGCUUUUUCUUUGCAUAAAUGGUUAUCAAGGCUGAACCUUUCCACUCUACCACUAGCCCUUGGGAAGUGGAAACUCAGCCCUGACUAGUGGGGCAAAGACCCACUAGCCUUACCGAUAUGGAGUUUACUUGCAUCCGGCAACACCUGCUCUGUCCGUUCACCUAACGUGGGUUUGAAGUGGCUAGUAAUGUAGAGUUGAACUCAAACGUUUGAGCCCCUGAUUCAUAUUUGGGAAGUUCUUAAAUGUAUGUUUACCUAAAUACCCGGAUGCAAAAGGAAAUCCCUACUAAGAAUUGUGUUUGGAGUACAAACUAAUGUUUGUAUAAUGCUUUGUUCAGAAAAGUGAAAAUAGGAAAAGGCUAAGCUGUGCGUAUCAGGUGUGUCACUGCACAACCUCCCACAAUGCACUGUCACACCCAUUUAUUUUUUUUGUCGACCGAAAUCUAGAAUACAGCUGUGCCAACAGUAUAAAAGUCACCUUUCCAAAGGAGAUCUCUUCUCUAAAUACACUGGGGGUGUUUUUACAGGAAGGUGUUUAUUUAAAGAAUAUAAACUUGAAAAGCCACAUCUGUCUGCUGGAGGGAGGGGGCUGGGGGGAGAGAGGGUCGAAUUUAACUCCAUUUUUCCAAGUUAAAGCAUGCGGCCUGAACUACACUGAAUAGUGUACAGUCAGAAUCCGGGGGAAAGUGCGUGGAUUUGGAGUGAAUUCAUUGUGGCUUUGUAGAAGACACAAACCCUAAAGUCAGGUUGGGCAUCGUAUGUGCUUUUAAAUGUAAACUCUUGGGUCAAAAUUGCUAAAUUUUAAUUUUAACCAGUUUCCCAGACAAAUUACAAAAUACAGCACAGUAAGUAAGUAUCUGUAGCCAUGCCUUUGUACCGCAGAUUGAUUUUAAAACAUUUCCUCUGACGACCUUUUGUUAAGUAACUGAAUUUUGCAGUUUCCAUGUAAUACAAACAGGAAAUUGCACGGGGGUUCCUGCGGGUGCACCGUUUCCGUGACUUUAAAUUUACAGAUGGUGCAUAAGGUCAGGAGUUUAAUAGUGAGAGAGUACUCUGGUUGUAACAGCAAAACCGCUCCAACCCACAUUAUACCAACAACAUAAAAGUCUCAUACUAUGAAAUUACAUCUCCCAUUAUACCCUGAUAAGUGCAGGAGUAGAAAUCCGCUUUAUAACCCUGACUUGACCAAUCUCAACUCUCAUUAUAUCCUGGUUAACGAGUCAAACGUUUUCUUCGGUUAUUGACUUGUCAACACACAUUUUAAGUAAUCAGUCUUGGUCAUACAUGAUAAAUUACAGUAAGACUGAUAUUUGACUUAAAUCUUUCUGUUUUUAAUAGCAGACAUUUUCACAUUGUCACUGGGAUUAUGUUUUGUUUUUAAACAGAUAAUGUUAUAUGUUUAUACUACAGAUACUUUGUGUAUUUUUACAUUUAUUUAUUCUAAAGUGGGUGAAUGAUGGUCAAAAUCACUCGAGAUAGGCUAGUAUUGUGAUACGUGUUGGGAAUUAGGAGAACCUGGGUAUCUGUCAUUCCCUUCAUGAGAUAUACACCAACUUCAUUUACAUCUUUGUCUUGUCCUUACAGAGCCGCUAACAACCACUGAAAAAAAAAUGGCAAACAAAGGACCUUCCUACGGACUGAGCAGGGAAGUACAACAGAAGAUCGAUCUGAAGUAUGACCCAGAACUGGAAAUUAUCCUUGUGCAAUGGAUCAUUGCUCAGUGUGGUCCAGAAUGCAAAGAGCCCGAGGGUCCAGGGAAGGUAGCCUUCCAAAAAUGGCUGAAAGAUGGCAUAGUAAGCACCUCCAAUUCCCCUAUUAUGGGCAGGGAAAAACUGGGUAGCUGACAGCCCUGUCCCCUAAUCGUCAGCAGACAAAACAUGGAUAGAACCUUUGUAACAAGGUGGAAAAUUGUUCUUAUCCAUGAGAAGGCACAUGUUGAGUCUGAUGAUUAUCCAUACGGCCGCUUUGCACUCAAUAUUCUGAUGCCUGGUUUAAUAUGAAAUAAAGCCUUCCUCUGUGUAUUUAGUUGUUAAAGGGACAGUCAUGCCUUUCAGCAAAUGGAUUAUAUAUGAAAUGGCACAUUGACUAUUUCAAAUCAAAAGAUAAUGUAGCAAGAAGAAAAUGACAGAAUAAGCUGUAUUUUGAUUGGCUGUGAAAAUAGCGAACGGACAAUAAGAGUGACCGCUAUACUUUGAGAAAUUCAUACAAACUACUCAUGCUUCUAAAUUCAUAUUUAUUGACUUAAUAUAUAAUCUAUAUCUUUAAUUUAGUUUUCAUUCAAAAAAAAUUGUUUCACAAAACUUAUGCAGGUACCAGUUCUAAAUAAGUUUAAACUUGUAUUUAAAGAAGCAAGCUGUGUCUGUUCGUCCAUAUUGCUAUCUGUGUAGGGAAGAAACUGUAGCGUCAGAGCACACAGUAUGAGAAUUUUUUUAUUUUCUUUUAAACUGAAAAAUGGGACUGGUCUGUACAGAGGAUGCAGGAGAAGAUAUGCUUUGGUGGAGUAAGAAGAGUUGUUGUGAGCAUAGGACAGAUUUCUGGACCAGCGCAUUUUUUGUCUUGUUACCCAAUGAGUGUUUUUGCCAAAUUUGGAUUUAGUUGAAUGUUACUGCAUGACUGUGAUAUGUAGAUUAUGCAUGCAAAUACAGUUUGAGUUCCAAAGCCAUUUUUCCCUAAAAUGGCAAAUGCAUCUACACUGACCCAUUUUAUAGCGCGAUACCAUCCCACCAAUUAUCAGAGAAAACGUGUAAUGCAUCGGUUUUAAAAUAAGUGUAAAUAUAUUGGCAAAGGCUACCCUUUAAGGACUGGAACUUUUCCAAUCAAAAACAGAUUAACCCCUUAAGGACCAAACUUCUUGAAUAAAAGGGAAUCAUGACAUGUCACACAUGUCAUGUGUCCUUAAGGGGUUAAAAUAAAAUUCAACAGGAAGACUUUUAUAAACGGGGUCAAAAAACACUUUGCGGAAAUGCUGGUUUGCUUCGGCUAUUUGUAGCCUCUAAACUAUCUCUCUCUGUUUCUCUAGGUGCUCUCAUUACUGAUGAACUCCCUUGUCCCCAAAGCCAUAGCCAAGGUGCAAAAAUCAGAAAUGGCCUUCAAGCAGAUGGAGCAGAUCUCUCAAUUCCUAAGGGCAUGUGAGAGGUAUGGAAUCCCGGCUAGUGACUUGUUCCAAACUGUCGACUUAUGGGAAGGUAAGUAAUUAAUGGUUAAGUUAGGGGAGGUAGAAAAUGUGCCAGUAACCACCAGCGGGACAAGUUUUCUAAAUUUUACUUGUGUUUUACAGGAAAGGACUUGUCUAGUGUCCAGAGGACAUUGAUGAAUUUGGGGGGUAUUGCAGUCACAAAAAGUGAUGGAUCUUUCCGAGGAGACCCUCUCUGGUUCCCCAAGUAAGUGUUCUUGUUAGAGUUUGCCAUGACAUCCAAUGCAAAUUUCUAGCUCGACAUAGUAUUACUUGGACAAUUUUAGAAAAGGCUAAAUGACAACUUGUAGAAAAAGUUUUAAAACGCUUGCUGCUUUAAAUGGAGUUUAUUUUAAUGUUCCUACAAGGAAUGUGGAGUUUAUAUCACCUGAAGUAUCUCAAGUCCCAUGGCUUCAGCAUUUUUGAAAACUCAACAAACAUUCUUAGAAGUUGGCAAAGAUACAAAGCUUGGGAUUCCAACAAUUUACAGAUUUAUAAACAUGAUUUUAAAAGGGGGAAUGGGGACCCAGCUAGGAAAAGGCAGGAAAUGUAGUUGCUCAACCUGAGAGAAUUCUCGUAAGUCAGUGCCAGCCUAUCGGGGUUCUUUACUGCAGUGAGAAUUAAACAUGAAUUUCAAAUGCAAGGGCGAUAUAGCUGAAAUUGAAGUAUUCUCUAAAUCAACUUUUGGUUUGGCUACUACGGCUUUGAAUCUGAAAUUCACUUUGCAUUCUCAGUUUAAUAAAUAACACUGUAUAUGUUUUUCCAUCCAUUUCAUCCACCUCUCCCUUUGUCACUUGGUCCUGGUUACAGACUGGUACAUUUUGACAAAUCCUAUACCUUUCCUCCACCAAGCCACAUUUACUUUCAAUGACACGUCACACUACCAAAGGGGGUUUACUUAAUUCAUAUGUGGUGUUGUGAUAUCAGAUCUUAUGUUAUCCCAUACUGAGGUCACUUGGGUAAUGCAGAACCAGUGACCAUAAUGGGUGCAGAGCCACAGCUACACAGACUUCUUACUUUCUCUGUUACCUCCUUAGGAAAUCGCAGGAGAACAGGCGAGAAUUCUCCCAGGACAAAUUAAAAGAGGGACAGAAUGUCAUCGGACUUCAGAUGGGUACCAACAAAGGAGCGUCCCAGUCUGGAAUGACUGGCUAUGGCAUGCCAAGACAAAUUCUUUGAUUGCACAAACAACCUGAAGCACCAGGCCAGAUCUCAGAUGAUCAAAUCAUCUCCUAACUCCCUAUCUCUACUCUGAUUACUCUUCUUAUCCCAUACCUUCCAGCAGCACCUUAACGGAAUGCUUUGUAAAAACGAACCAACCAACCAAAAAAAAACAACCAAACAAACAGAUGCGCAGCCACUAGAUUCUGAAUCGCUUACAUAAUUGAAAUCUCAACAUUUGUAGGAGUCUGUGGCUGAAUUUGCUUAAAAGUAGCCAUCGGCCAUUCUAACAUUUGAGAAAAAUACACUGGCAACAUCCCCACCACUGUGUGUAGAAUAUAGCGGAGAGUAAAUAUAAACUUGGUGAUAUAGUAUCACUCGAAUUAUUCAAUGUUAAAGUGUCCUAAAAAAAAACCUCCCAAAUGUUGAGAUACUCCUACAAUUCUCUUUGUGUAUUCUGGUAUGACCUUAUCCUAUAUCUCCGCAACCAAAAAAGCAGACUUUUUUUUUUUAUUGUAUUAUUUUUUGCGGGUGAUGUUCUUUGCAGAACACAAAGUAGAUGCCUUAACAUUCCAUGCCUACGUGUCUGCUAUUCCCCCCCCCCCACCCCCUUUCUAUAGUUUUGUUUUGUUUUUUUAAAUAUACCUUUCUUUGUUUGUUUUUUUAAACAUUUUUGACCAAAUUCAGACUAGGCUUGUGUACCAAAGUUGAACGGACUUGAUAGUUUGGUGUUUUUUUUAGUUUCUUCAAGUCGCAAUAGUGAUAAGAGCCGAUUUGUGCAAGAAAGGAAGCUGAAUGUUCGAGAUUUCUUCCACGGCAACCCAAGUGGCUGUUGGGGAUCCUGCCUAUUUCGUCACUCUGCUCUCCGCUCUUGAGAUAAAAUGCUGAUACAUUUUACUUCUGAUCCAAAUAAAGACCAAUCUAUGUUUAUAAAUAUGACUCUGCGUGUUCUUCU